AGGAGCCCGCAUGCGGCAGCCACUCCAGUCACAACCGCAACACCGCAUAGGUGGAGCGUCUCAGUGUGUGUGUGUACGUGUGUAUAGUGAGGACCCUCGCCAUCUCGUUCUCCCACAAGGUAGCCGCUGUCUCCCUCCUCGCCUCGCCAGUGACGGUGAGCAAUAAGCGUGAAGGGCAACACCAGAGAGAUGGCUUGCUCCAUCAAGGCUGUGGUCAGCUGCGGCAUCUUCCUCGCUGUUCUCGACAUUCUCCAUGGACUCUCCACCAUUGGUUUCUUUGCCUACCGAUUCAUCAGUCACUACUUCUACCUGUGUCCUCGAGAACUGGACAUCACAUUCUGUCAAAAUAAGAUCUACAUCUACGAACAGUUGUUUACCUUACGCACGUACAUUGGCCUGGGUGAGGGCGCCAUUACUCCGUUCUUCGACAUUAUUUACAUCAUCGCCCUCGCUAAGCACAAGCCCUGGAUGACCUGGUUGUGGCUUAUCAAAUCCUUCGGUGUAAUUGGUAUCAACGUCUUCUACAUCAGUGCUUGGAUGGUUCGCCGUGGUAGCUACGAUCACAUUACCUACGUGCCUGAGGACUUUGAACGUGAGUUUCUGAUGGCUGGCUGUAGUCUCACCCUGAUUCAAGUCAUUAUCACAGUCAUCUUCUGCAUCAUCGCCGGCAUUUUCACCUAUAAGGUAGCGGAGGAGAGAACCCGCAGCAGGAGAAGCCUACACAAAAGCCCAAAAUUCCAGAGGCACAUGAGGGCUUCCUCUGACGACGACGAUGACGAUAAUGCUUCCACGAUGCGUGUGACCGGGGAACGACACUUUACCAAUCGUGGCCUGAACGACAGCACCAACAAACUGCCCAUUCAGAGCAGCAACGGGAGUCUUGAUCAGUCUGCCUGGCAAGAUGUUGUCAGACCAUCCACUACUGUCUAGGCAGGGCUAAGAAAGCUCUCAGCCAGACCAUCCACUACUGUCUAGGCAGGGCUAAGAAAGCUCUCAGCCAACCAGCUGUAAAUGCAGCCAGACAUAAUUUUAGCUGUCUACUGUUUACCUCUCUAGAUAAACUCCAGGUAAACUCUAAGAGCAGUUUAAGAAACAGUAGAUAUGUCUAAAUUGAUUAAGAUUGGUGUAAGACAAGCUAGAAAUAUUGAAAAAUAUACGUUUUUCUUUCAAGGAAUAAGCUACAGGUACCUAAAUAAGUGACAUAAGGUACCUAACCUUAUUUUACGGGUAUAUUGUUCUAUAUGACAAGUCACCCAAAGUAUCGACCGUCACAUCUGCUUGUGGUCAUCAAGACAUUAUAUCACCAAUCGCUUGUUUAUCAACUAAGGUGCCAAGCACGUACGUAACUGAGUUUCCAGUAUCUUUCCCCCACUGUGUCUGGCUCGAGUGCAAAUACAGCGCUGUAUAGCCCUUGUGGUUUAGCGUUUUUUGAUUAUAAUAAUAAAAUCGAGUGCAAAUUACUCUGAUCUUACAAGUAUGAGGUUGAUCAAGUCAUACCUCGACAAGUUGUGGGUAAGUUCGACGUCUCCCUCUCACUCCAGUGUACAAAGACUGUUAUAUUAUAGACACACUGUAGGGAUUUAUUUUAUAUUGUUUAAAAUCAUCAUUUUGUUGAUUACCGAUGAUGUGUGUAGAGGAGGAGGAGGAGAAGGAGGAGGAGGAGAAGAGAAAUGGCAAUAAAUACUGAUGAGAUGGUAAUAGUCAACUGGUAAGUGAUGGAAUCAUUUGACGAUACUAGUUCGUAAUGUGAAGCCCACUGCGUGGGCGAAACGUUCUGGAUAAGCGAUCUUAUGCUGCAUUUGUUGGUCUUUCCAAGAGGAGAAGGAGGUGCAGAAGGUAAGGUAGGAUAAGGUGGGAUACAUGUGCCAAAGAUAGCAGCCAUGAGAUGGUCAUGAGGCGAGGCCAGCUCUCAAGAAUGUCAGUGAUCCACCACAGUGAUCCACCACAGUGAUCCACCACAGUGAUCCACCACAGUGAUCCACCACAGUGAUCCACCACAGUAAUCCACCACAGUAAUCCAUCACAGGGUGUAUACUACAGGGAUCCACCACAGGGUAAAUACC